AUGGGGGAUGUGGGCAAAACCACCCUCUUGAACAGUAUCAACAAUGAGUUCCUCAAAUCCAGGGGGGUUGACGCAGUGAUUUGGGUGACUCUGUCCAGACCAGCAAAUGUGGAGAAGGUUCAGCAAGUUCUUUUCAAUAAAUUGGAGAUUCCUAGUAACAACUGGGAAGGUAGAAGUGAGAAUGAAAGGAAAGAAGCAAUAUUCAAUGUCUUGAAGAUGAAGAAAAUUGCCGUCUUAUUAGAUGAUAUAUGGGAGCCUCUUGAUCUCUUUGCAGUGGGGAUUCCUCCUGUAAUUGAUGGAAAUAAGUCCAAGGUGGUAUUUACAACCCAAUUUUCAACUGUGUGCCAAGAUAUGGGAGCCAAGGGCGUUGAAGUGAAGUGCUUAGCAUGGGAGGAAGCAUUUGCUCUGUUUCAGACAUAUGUAGGAGAAGACAAUAUUUCUGAUCCACAUAUACCAAAGCUGGCGGAGAUUGCUGCCAAAGAGUGUGACGGCCUCCCACUUGCCCUCAUCAUCAUUGCACAAGCAAUGGCAUGA